AUGGAGUCAACUCAGACGACCUCGAUAUCCGCUGCGCACGGUGCUACUGUUGCGACCACACCGUCCAAUCCAGCAUUGGGAGACAAGCCUAUGUUCGACGAGGCGAUCGAUGAAAAGCCCGGACCGCCGUUGUCGGAAAGCGAUCGGUCUAUGGAUUUUACCGAGGACUCGAUAGGAAAGUCAGGGGAGGAUGAACGCCAAUACCCGGGCAAGGCUAAGCUCGCCAUCAUUAUGUUCGGUUUGAAUUUGACCAUGUUCCUCGUUGGCCUUGACAAUACUAUUAUCUCAACGGCGAUUCCCAAAAUCACCGAUCAAUUCCACGCUUUGGAGGAUGUGGGCUGGUAUGCCAGCGGCUACAUGCUCACCGUCUGCGCAUUCCAAUUGAUAUGGGGGAAGUUGUACACAUUCUACUCGAUCAAAUGGACCUACAUCGUCUCGCUGUCUAUUUUCGAACUAGGUUCCUUGAUCUGUGGUGUUGCGCCGAACUCAACCGCCCUCAUCAUCGGCCGCGCGAUUGCUGGCAUCGGAAGUGGUGGAAUUAGCGCUGGGUCAUUUCUCCUGGUCGCGUACGCUGUCCCACCACGCCAGCGACCCGCCUUAGUUGGAAUUGUCGGCGCCAUGUAUGGCUUCUCGUCCAUUGCCGGCCCCCUCAUGGGUGGCGCCUUCACAGAUAACCCCAGGCUGACCUGGCGUUGGUGCUUCUACGUCAACCUGCCCCUGGGUUUCGUUUCUGGUCUCAUGAUAAUUCUUUUCCUGACUGUCCCCGGCGACACCAGUUCGCAUGAUGUCCCCUUUCUGGAUCAGCUCAAGCAAAUGGAUCUCCCAGGGACCAUCCUUAUUUUCCCCUGUGUCAUUUGCCUUCUUCUGGCACUCAAGUGGGGUGGUACACAGUACCCAUGGGCCAACGGACGCAUUAUCGGACUCUUCGUCGUGUCUGGUGUUCUGGCAAUCAUCUUCGUUGCCGUCCAAAUUCGUAGUGGAGAUCGUGCGACAAUCCCACCCCGACUGUUCAAGAAACGCAAUAUCUGGGGCUCUGUGGCCUUCGGCUCGUGUAUUGUGGCCUGCUUCUUCGUCAUGCUGUACUAUAUCCCUAUCUGGUUCCAAGCCAUCAAGGGCGCUAGUCCCAUCAAGUCCGGCGUUAUGAAUCUCCCCAUGGUGCUUAGUUUCGUCGUUUUCUCAUUCCUCAGCGGCACCCUUACUACCAUCACGGGCCACUAUGUGCAAUGGGCCUAUCUCACUAUAGUUUUCAUGGCUAUCGGCACCGGUCUGCUCACUACCCUCAAAGUCGACUCCAGCCACGCCGCUUGGAUCGGAUACCAGGUGAUCUUCGGAGCCGGUGUCGGUUUUGGUCUCCAGUCAGCUUUCACAGCUGUGCAGACAGCUCUUCCCCUGGAAGACAUCCCCAUUGGAACUGCCAUCCUCAUCUUCGCAGAGAACCUUGCUGCCGGCAUCUUUGUAUCGGUAGCUCAGAAUGUGUUCACGAACCAGCUCGUCCGCAACCUGAGCACAUAUGUUCCUUCCAUAGACGCCCGUGUGGUCUUGGACGGCGGCGCAACUCAGAUUAAGCAUGAUGUGCCUAGUGAGCUCUACGAUAGUGUCUUGCUUGCGUACAAUAAAUCUCUCAUGCAGACGUUUUAUGUGGGAGUUGCGCUCGCGUGUUGCGCUAUUUUCGGAGCGGUUUGGCUUCAGUGGAAGUCUGUCAAAGGGGAAAAGAAAGAUAGCGUGGAUGAUGCAUAG